AUGUCUGCUGGAAUAUUUAUUGGCACGAUUAUAUUUAUAGGAAUUGGAAUAGGUGUUACUGUUUGGCUAAAGGGUGUUGUUACAAAGGCAACAAAAAAUUUAAGCGAUUUGAAUGAUAAUUUAUUGUAAUAUAUCCAUUAAUUUUAAUAGGCUUAUGUAUGUUUCAGUCCUUUCAGGUACUAUUCAAUUUUGGCUUUUAUGGUUUUGUAUGUAUAUGCACUAACUCAAUCCUAUAAUAACACCUAUAAGAGAACAUGAAUGA